AUGAAGAAGAUGAAAGGUGUUGCUGUUUCAAUGAAUCCUUCUUCCGAUGUGUUUAUGGAUCAGAGAUCCAUGAUGAGACACCGGAGUCUCUUGCAGGACUAUCAAGAUUUGCAUACGGAAACAGAAGCCAUGAGAAUGAAAUUGGAAGCUGUGAAGCAGAAAAAGUUGAUUCUUUCAGCUGACGUUAGAUUCUUGAGGCAACGAUAUGCAUACUUGUUAAAACAUCCUCUCCCAAAGCCUCAACCAAAGCAAGAAGUAAUGAAGCCACAAGCGCACAAAAUCAAAGAGCCAAAGAUCACAAAGGGAAGGAAUUACAAUAGAAAGGAAUCUACUUUGCGGCCUCACACCGCUUCGAAAUCAAAAUCAAAAUCAAAAGGAAGAACUUUCAAUGGAGUUGAAGACCCAAGGCAUAACACUGGACCUGUGUUUGAUUUAAACCAUAAUGGUAGAAGCUUAAGUACAAAAGAUGGUUCUUUUCAUAGCUCUUCUUCUCCCGUGCUUGACUUGAAUCACAAAGAUAGGGUUCAAAGUGGGAAAGAGGCCACAAAGAAGAGUGUAACUCCAUUUUUCGACUUGAACCAGAUUUCGAGAGAAGAGGAGGAACUAGAGGGGAACAAUCAGUCAAUGUGGAUUGAAGAACAAAAGAAGAGUAGUACACAAAGAGGUGUGAAUGAGGAACAGCACAAUGAUAUCAAGCUUUCAGUUUGUAGAAACCUUGGAGAAGGAUCAAGUAGGGCAGGGAAAAGGAAGAUCACAUGGCAAGACCAAGUGGCAUUAAGGGUUUGA